ACAAGCCUACAUAAAUCUGAGGUGCGGAUUGAAUCUUUGAAAGAGGAUCUGAAGGAAUUCUUGCGGAAAUCAGGCAAAGAUCGCAAGAUCCUACAUCUACGGACUCCAGAGCCUGCCGGCCCCGACGCUAGCAGGCAUGAACUUCAGAUUGCGGCUCCUGCCAUUGAUCUCGGCGGCUCCAACACCUCAGGGCAUAUUCAAAACCCGGACUCCAGCAACGACCAUGGACACCUUCACAGCGAUUGCGCAACCACCAACUGCGACGCCAGCCUUGAACUCCAGGCCAGGCUGGGAAAAGAAGCUGCAGAAUGCUGUCUAUCGUGAGCUCAAUGUGCUUCCUGAACCUGGUCAUCCAUCUGCUCCACCUGAGCACACAAAGGAGGCAUUGAUGUACAUAAGACGUGCCCAGGUAAACUGGGAAAAGCGUAUUCUGAAAAGUUUAAACAGCAUGUGCACAGAGAUGAGCAUCCCUCUAGCAAAAAAGAGAUCAGCAGAUGAACAGAAAGAACUUUUGCACAAAUGGAAUGAGAUGGGGACUGACGAGCCAGAUUUGAGCCGUUUCAGACCAGUUUAUGCUCCUAAAGAUUUUCUCGAGGUUCUAAUUAAUCUUCGCAAUCCAAAUUAUGACACUGGUGAUCCAACUGCUGUGCACAGUAGUUGGGGUUUAAUCAAGAUUCCUUUACCAGUAAAAGACCUUCCAGAACUGAGGGAAUUGUAUCCGGAACUAGGAUUGAAUUAUGGACAACUUGGUAUUGAUGAUUCAAUGCAGAUCUCUCCUGAAGCUUUUGAAACUGAGCACAUACUGCUAGGACAGAAAGUUUUGUCUGAGCAGGACAGUGCUGCAGCUCAGCAAUAUGUUAGACAGGGAUGUCCGACAGCACUGCGUGCAGACAUGUGGGCACUCAUUCUGAAUGUUAACAAUCAGCUAGAGGAUUCUUUAUAUUAUGAACAGCUGAAAUCAAAUGUGAUUCAACAUGAUCUUUUAAUUGACAACCUCAUCUAUAAGGAUGUGAAGCUGACAGCCAGCAAUGAUGAUUACUACUUUGUGUUUGAAGAUUAUUUGUACCAGGUGCUCCUAUGCUUUUCUCGAGAUGCACUGGUUCUUGAUCAUUUCAACUACAGCAGUGCCUCACCUCCCAAAUCGUAUAUCAAAGGGAAACUUGCAUUAGAAGAUUAUGCAGUUGUGUAUCCUCCAAAUGGAGUAGUUCCAUUCCAUGGAUUUGCAAUGUAUGUUGCACCACUGUGCUUUCUCUACCAUGAGCCAUCCAAACUCUACCAAGUUUUCCGUGAGAUGUAUGUAAGAUUUUUCUUCAGGCUUCAUAACAUCUCAUCCCAUUCCUCGGGAAUUGUAUCACUUUGUCUGGUGUUUGAGACGCUCAUUCAGACAUACCUUCCUCAACUCUUCUUUCAUCUACUUGAGAUUGGAGCACAACCACUCCGGAUAUCAUUUAAAUGGAUGGUACGUGCAUUCUCAGGAUAUCUAGCAACUGAUCAACUCUUGUUUCUUUGGGAUAGGAUUCUGGGAUACAACUCUCUGGAAAUUCUUGCUGUGCUGGCAGCUGCUGUAUUUGCUUACAGAGCAGAAAACCUAAUGGAGGCAGGAUCACAUGGUGCAGCUGAAGCUGUACUUGCUGAUCUUUCCACACUGCAGGUUAUGCCUCUUCUACAGCUUUUCCUGUUUGCUACUUCUAAUUAAACAAUAUUAUUUCAGAAGUUCAGAGAUGAAUAUGGAUAUGUAUGUCACAUUGCCAAUUCUUUAACACACCUUAACAGUAUGAUUGUUGGUAAGCCAAUGGAUACAUGAAAGUGUCAAAUAAAAUUGCACAUGUGAAUGAAGUACUUUUUAUUUGUUAAUGUAAAAAUUGAUGAUACUAUUUAUGAUGAAUUUUGCAUGAUUGACAAAAGCACUGGGUGUACAAUUAAGAAUAACAUGAUUGUAAAAUAAAAAAAAUUAAAAACAAAAACAAUCUUUGAUAUUAUCAAAUAGUUUGAAGCAGUAAUGGUUCACACUAGUUAGUAUAUAGAAGAUGAAAUCCUACACUGCUUUAAUCGUGUGUUCUUGCUAUUUGGUUCAUUCUAUAACUUGUCCUUUACAAGUUACUGAACAAAAAAUGUCUUUAAAUUUCAUUCCAACUUCUAAUUUAUUUCAUAAUUUGAAUGAAAUAUUCACUUAGUUUUUAGGAGUGGAUUAUACUGAAAAUGUGGCUUGAAUAAUGCUAUUUUAAAGAAAAGAAUGUAACUAAUGUCCUAAAAAUUGAGUUUCACAAUUAAUAAUUAUGUUCGGCUGACCUUUUAACCUACACUAAGAUCAAUCUAACCCUGCCUUCCCGUAUAAACCAACAUUUUUGUUCCAUCCAUUUGCCUGUCUAUAUAAGCCACUCUGGGCAAAACAACUUUCCACUCAAAUCCCCUGCUAGAGGAACUCAAAUGAGCUAGGUAACAUCUGAUAGAUGUAAUUGUAGUUCAGGUGAAGAAUCUCAACCUGAAAUGUCAAAUAUCUAUUUUCCUCUACAGAUGUUGCCUUACCCACCGAGCUCCUCCAGCAGUACUUUUUUUUUGCUCCAGAUUGCAGCAUAUGCAGUGUCUCCUCUCCUCUGGUUUCUGGUCACUUUCAAUUAGUAGGCCUGAAGAAGCAGCCGAUCAGAACAACCAUGAGUAGCUGUGGUUCUAGAAUGGUCAGAGGUGACUGCAGCUUUUCAGCAGGAGGUACAGGGAAUAGUUAUCUAAUGGUCACUUGACAUUUAUAGUGCUAUAGGAAAAAAAUAAAGAAAUUAGGAGUGAAAAAAGGGGGCCCGUAAAUAAUCUUGGCAAAUAGGAUUGAGGAGAAUCUUAAAACCUUUUGUAAAUACCUUAGAAGCAAGAUAGUAACUAAGGAGGGAAUAGGUCCCCUCGCUCAGGGGUAAUCUAUGUAUGGAGCCAGGUGAUGUGAUCGAGAUUCUAAAUGAUUACUUAUCAUCAGUAUUCAUCAGGAAGAAGGAUGUGGAAACUACAGGGUUAAAGAAGGUGUAUGCUGAUGUGCACUCUAUUAAGGAGAAAUAUUGGCUCACAUUUAGGUAGAUAAGUUCACAGGGCUGGAUAGGGUUUAUCUAAGGGAAUAUAGUUAACUGAAUCAGCAACUGGAUACUAAGGGAAACAAGGGAGGAAAUUGUUGAUAACUAGUGGAGACUUUUGCAUCUUAGCCAUGCUGAGAUACUAGAAGACUGAAAGAUAAAUAAUGCCCCUUGUUCAAAAAGGGCAUUAUAAUAUUAUAUGGUAAGGUAUUUCUUUUUUUUCUUUUUUUUACCAACCAUCUCAUUUGGGUA